CUCAGUCUUUUUUCUUUUUAUUACAGCUCUGAUAUCGUUUUAACUCCGAAAAGACACCGUGACCACCCAACAUUUAGUGGGAAUUAAACACGACCAUGACGACCCGGAGGCGACCCUGUCAGUCGCCUAUUGGCCAAUGUCCUGCCGUUACUCUGGCGCUGCUGCUGAUGCAACUGGUAGCCAUCGGAAGUAGUCUGGCGAUAACCAACAGUGUGUUCAAAGCUUUUAGCAAAGAUCAAACGGUAACGUCCAGCACGUUGAGUUGGGAAAAGUUCAAUGGCGAGAAAACUCAGCUGCAAUACGCGAUUCAAAGCUACGACCCGGCGGAGCACCCUCGCUCGAAGGAACUGGUGGAUAGCGACCAGCUGAGCCACGCCAGCUACGUGUGUCGGAUACAGAUCGAGGGCAUCUUCUGCGCCGGACAGACGCACAUGGAGGACUCGUCGACCAUCUGCACGGCAUCACUGCAGUCGGACAUCCGGCGGCACCGGACGUUCGAGGUGCUGGUGAACCGCGGUGGCGGUGGAAAGCUCAAAUGGCAAUCAUGGAACAAGUAUCGAACGGAAAAGUUCCCGGGCGCCGUCAGUGCCAGUAACGGCAAGGUUGAUGAUUAUUAUGUAGCCCGAUACAAGCUGGAUCAUCACGGUCACCACCAUCCGUACAUUGUAGGCAAUUACGAUCCGUUGGAGAAGUUAGGCGGACGGAUUUAUGCGCCUCUUCCGGGAGCUCCUCAUGCCUUAGAACACGAGAGCGGUGAGAUUCUCGUUGAAAUUGAACCGGUACAGUACGAACUAAGGAGCAUAAAAUUGAACAAGAUAAGGACUGUGAUCAAGAAAAAUGUCACUAAUUUGGGAUCCACCAUUCUAUCAAACGAAGAGGACAUCACUAAUCAGGCGGAAACUGUGAUAACGUACGACUACGUUAAGGUUACCUAUUACGGUCGUCAGUUGGGCGUGGGGAAUGGAGUUCCCACGAAGGUGAUCGAUCCCAGGACGCAACAGCCCGUCGAUAUGUACUGGGGAGUAGAGCUAACAGAACGAAAAUUCGAGACCAAAGCGAUUAAUACGAUUUUGCAGCCGGGGACGGCCAUAAACGUUACACUGUUGGGAAACUAUACCGAGAUGGAAGCUCCGUAUCACGCUAAUCUUAAAGCGUACUACGACGACAACAGUGAUCCUGUAUCGAGGAAACUGAACGGUUACAUGUUAAGCAAAGACAUGGAAGACGUUAAGAUCGAAUUCAGCCCAAUCUACUGGAUUGAUAACGGAACCCUGGUACCGACAACGACGACAACCACUACGACCACUACAACGUCCACAACGGAGGCGACCACCACCAACGAGCCGGUUCCCAUCAGCAACACACCGAUCGAUGAAUUCGGCAUUGGCAGCCGGUUGGACGACGGCAUGAGUAACGAGAUCGAUCGCUCGCUGGCUACCAGCCGCGAGGAGGUGGCAAGCAGCCGCAGCAUCGAUAAGCCGGAAAGCAGCAUCAGCCUGUCCAGUGUGGGUGGAUCGGCGAAGGGUGGCCACAGUGGUGCCACAAGCAUUGGGCUUCUUCGGUGGUCGGGUGGAGUGAUAGCAUCGUUAACCGGAAUAACAGCAGUCCUGGUGGCACAACAGCGGAUUUAACUGUGUAGGGUAUCGUGUAAGCGGAGUGUUAAAUAAGUUUUACUUUCUACCAUACUUUUUUGUUGUUCCUCUCACGAAGGAUGAUUAGGAUAUGAACGCGAACAUUGUUGAAGGAUGGUAUGUCGAGUUUUUUUUUCGUGCAACGAGUUGGGGAGGGGAAGGUUAGCGAGCUUUGAUAACAUUGAUUGUUCUUUUAAGCUUAUUCAUUUGAUAUCAAUUUUCUGCUGAGAUCAUCAUAUUUUUCUUGUUUUAGCUCGUAAGAACCCGUACAGUUUAAGAUAAUUUAAUGACAAGCUCUAUAUCAUUCUAUUUAAUUAGAGAAAAGUUUCAAUUUACAGCUAUAAAUCCUAGGUUUUUAUAGCAUAGCAAGUAAAACUAAAGAAUUGUGAAAACCAGUGAAAUUAUCUCGAAGAAGAGAUGUCAAUGUGAAACUACUUUGUUCAUCAUGUAAAUAUAGUCUAUAAUUUAGAAUUACUUUUCAAUAUAGGAGAAAGAAAACAAAAAUGCGUCGCGUCCAAUAUAACUAUGUAUUCGAAAUGAAUUUAAAUUGUGAAUCUGCACAUCGGAGCGAAACACACAAGUUUGUCGCUAAACAUUCCACUUUGUAAAGUCCACGUAUAAUGCCAGGGGAUUGGAAGUGGGGAAAAACUGCAUUCGUUAUCUACUAGUACGAUCACGAUUAUUGAGUUCCGUUCUAACCUAAUAUAGCUGAAGUGUUAGCUAUUGAUCCGAAAAAUAAUAUAUAUUCCAAAAAUAAAAACAGCCAGAGUAAUCUUCCAGUAAAGAAAUUUGUCAUCGAAAUAUUUCACUUGUUGAUUAACUGCAUA